AUGGGUUUGGGAAUUCUCGAGGACAGGGUCAUGGACCAUGUCCCAGGGACGACCCGCUAUUUCGACGACACCGAGCGGCCGCAGUUCGCCGCGCACGGCGCCCGCGGCCUAAAGACCGACAACAGCGGCGCCGUGCCCAUCAUCCUCGUGCCCCAGCCCUCCGACGACCCGAACGACCCCCUCAACUGGCCGCUGUGGAAGCGCGACCUCAUCACCUUCAUCCUGUCCUUCUCCGCCAUCUUCGCCACCGCCCUAGGGCCCAUACUCGCCGCCAACACCGUCACCGUGUCGCUGUACAUGAGCCAUGACUUCACCGACGUCGCCGUCCUGACGGGCUACUUCCUGCUCGGCACCGGCUUCGCGAGCGCCUUCUUCGUGCCCUCGAGCCGCGUGUGGGGCAAGAGGCACACCUUCAUCUUCGGCAUGAUCGUCCUGGUGGCCUCGAGCGCCUGGGGCGGCGUCGUGGGCUACCACAAGGACUACACCAGCUUCCUCUGGUCCCGGAUCAUCCAGGGGGUUGGGUGCGCCCCGUACGAGGCAUUGGUCAAUGCUGCCGUGGGCGACCUGUACUUUGUCCACCAGCGCGGCAGCAGGAUGGCGCUCACGAACCUGGCUGUCUUUGGCGGGGCCUUCUUCACGCCCAUCGUCGUGGGCAAGAUCACCCACGAGCUGAAGUGGUGGUGGACCUUCUACCUGGUCGCCAUCUUCUGCGGCCUGUGCUUGCCGGCGAUCGUGUUCCUCUGCCCCGAGACGGCGUACAAGCGGGACACCAGCCUCAACACGGACAUGCUGGCCCAGGACGACCCCGCCGGCGUGGCAAACGGCGACGACCACCCGCUGUCGACCCGGGACAACAACAGCCAGGACUCCGAGAAGGCCGCCAUCAACGGAGACGGCGGUAAACCCGCAGCCGGCGGCGCCGCGGCAGCAGUCCCGGCCAAGACCAGCUACCUGCGGUCCCUCGCGCUCUUCAACGGCCGCAAGACGGACGAGUCCCUCUGGAAGCUCGCCCUGCGGCCCUUCCCGCUCUUCCUGCAGCCCGCCUUCCUGUGGGCGUGCCUGAUCCAGGGCACCCUGAUCGGCUGGACCGUCUUCAUCGGCGUCAUCCUCGGCGCCUUCUUCCUGGGCUACCCGCUGUGGUGGGACGAGGUCAAGACCGGCUACGCGUACACGGCCGCCUUCAUCGGCGCCAUCGUCGGGUUCCUCAUCGCCGGCGGGCUGUCGGACUGGUCCGCAAAGGUCAUGACCAGGCGCAACGGCGGCGUCUACGAGCCCGAGUUCCGCAUCGUCCUGGUCAUCCCGCAGUUCAUAUUCGGGUGCAUCGGCGUGUUCGGCUGGGGCGCCGCUUCUGACGGGCUCCUGGCUGGCAAGUAUGGGUAUGCCGUGCCGCUGGCCUUCUUCGGGUUCGAGGUCUGCGGUAUGAUCAUUGGUGCUGUUGCGAGUAGUCUCUACAUCGUGGAUGCGUAUCGCGAUCUGGCCAUCGAAGGCCUGACGUGCAUGAUCAUAUUCAAGAACAUGUUCAGCUUUGCACUUACCUUCAAGGCCUAUGAGUGGCUCAUCACCAACGGCACCAAGGCGACGCCCCUCUUCAACGCCCUUGGCGCCAUACAGGUCGUCAUCUACAUCUACGGCAAGCGGAAUCGUAGCUUCUUCCAUCGCCAUGAUAUUUUGAAAAUGCUUGGACUCAGGUGA